AUUUGAGGUAGUGUUACUUAGUAAGAUUUUGUCUAAAUGAUACGUACUUGAUGGGAACUACUUUUUCUUCCACAUGAGUAAGUGCGUAAUGCGUAAGCGGGAGCGUCACACUGCAGAGCCAUGUGUGAACUGUGAAUCAUGUUUUUAUUCUUAUAGUAGUUCUUAAUAUUUAAUAAUUUAUUUUAAUUGUGUUAUUAUUUAGCAUAUUUUAUUUUUUGUUGUUUAAAGUACAAUUUUCACAUUUUUUAUGUAAUGUUGGCCUCUUUUUCAGUGGUAUAUUAAACACUCAAUAUACUUAAGUGUUUAAAAUAAAUAAAAUUACUAGACAUAUUUUUUGCGACAUCUAGUGGUGAACACUUUCACUUGCAUGUCAUUCAUAUUGUACGCAAAGAAGCGUGUUUUCUGGAUACUAAAAUUCAUUUUCUUUUUGUGUCGUUGAAUUUUGAUGAGUUUGUGCCUGUUUAUGGUGUCACAUAUCGUAAAAUGUAUAACUAGACAGAUGAAUUACUGUCUGAUAACGAAAAACCGUCCCAGGUUAACGAAAUUGCUGUCAUGGUGCGCGAUGACGUCACAGACUCCAAAUGCAAAUGGCGUCGCCCCACGUAGCUGCGAGUGAGGACUGCCUCCUGGAUGGUCUUUGACAGCUUGCUCCUCGGCGUCAGGGCGCGGUACGGCCAGGGUGUUUCCCGACGACGUGUCUCCGAUCAUUCCACUGUAAGACUGCCACCUUUUCACAGCAAGUCAUACACUAUUUCCCGCCUGCUUCCUCAAGCUUAUGCUAAGCCUAGCUAGCACUGCUAACCAUCUGUUAGCCGGCUGUGAAUACGUGGCUGGUAAAUGUUAACCUUUUGGCCUCAAACCGGCGUCAAAAGGCUCCCAUAUGUAUUUUUACACAUUAAAGUCAACAAAGACGUUCAUAAAUUAGCCAGUGUCAUUCCCCGGACCCUCAGCUGUCCAGUUAGCUUGCUGUUCCCAUUGUUUACAUUGCGGCCACCCCUGCUAUUACGCUGUUGACAUGCUACGACCUCAACAGUAUGGAUGAGGGAGCAACGUCCGUUGAUGUCACGGCUAAAAGUCUACAACCUGAUCCAUCUCUAUGAAGAUGAGUGGGAUUAGGAGGAAAGAAGACAAGUCUACUGGGAGGACUGUUUGACUAAAAAAAGGGUUUGUUUAUAAACAAGUGAGUGGUGGAGCAGCUCUCCGCCAUUGGGAUGAUGUGUAGAAUAUUCCUCAUCAUCAGUCUUGUUGGCUGGACAAGAUGUCAAGAGAGUCAACACAUGACACCAGAGGAGAAGAGCAUCAUCAGGGAUCGUGUUGUGGAGAUGUUCGAUCACGCCUACGGUAGUUACAUGAAAUACGCCUAUCCGGCUGACGAGCUGAUGCCUCUAAGCUGUAAGGGGAGAGUGCGCGGCCAGGAACCGAACCGAGGCGACAUUGACGACUCCUUGGGGAAGUUUUCACUCACGCUGAUCGAUACUCUGGAUACCUUGGUGGUGUUAAACAAGCUGGAUGAGUUUGAAGACGGCGUGAAGAAGGCGGUGGCGGACGUACGCCUGGACAAUGAUGUGGUGGUCUCUGUGUUUGAGACCAACAUCAGAGUGUUGGGGGGGCUCUUGGGAGCCCACGUGAUGGCUGACCUGCUGCGUCAGCGCGGCGGAAGGAUGCAGUGGUAUAAAGACGAGCUCCUCAACAUGGCCACGGAGCUCGGGCAUAGACUGCUACCUGCCUUCAACACCACAAGUGGCCUUCCUUACCCUAAGGUCAAUCUGCGUUACGGUGUACAAAACCGGCUCUCACGCACGGGCACCGAGUCGGACACGUGCACCGCCUGUGCGGGAACAAUGAUCCUGGAGUUUGCUGCCCUGAGCAGACUGUCGGGAGAAGCUGUCUUUGAGGAGCAUGCUCGAAAAGCUCUGGAUGUCCUGUGGGAGCGGAGGCAGAAAGGAAGUGACCUGGUGGGGACCGUGAUCAACAUCCAUAAUGGAGAAUGGGUCAGACGGGACAGCGGUGUCGGUGCCGGCAUCGACUCCUACUACGAGUAUUUGAUGAAGGCCUAUAUUCUUCUCGGGGACAAGGUUUUUCUGGAGAGGUUCAACACUCACUACAGUGCCAUUAUGAAGUACAUAAGUCAGCCCCCCCUGCUGCUCAAUGUGCACAUGCACAACCCCACGGUGAGCGCGCGCAGCUGGAUGGACUCUCUGCUGGCCUUUUUCCCCGGCCUGCAGGUAUUGAGAGGAGACCUGAAACCAGCCAUUGAGACUCACGAGAUGCUCUAUCAAGUCACCAAGCAACACAAGUUUCUCCCUGAGGCUUUUACCACGGAAUUCCGCGUUCACUGGGGCCAACAUCUGCUGAGACCAGAGUUUGCAGAAAGCACCUACUACCUCUAUAAGGCCACCGGUGACCCCUACUACCUCAGAGUGGGCCAGUCCAUUGCGGAGAAACUAAAUGCAUACGCCAGAGUGCCUUGCGGGUUUGCCGCCGUGCAAGAUGUUCGCACUGGGAUGCAUGAAGACAGGAUGGACUCGUUCUUUCUGGCAGAGAUGUUUAAAUAUUUGUACCUGCUGUUCACGGAGAAGACGCAGCUGCCCAUCGAUAUGGACGACUAUAUCUUCACCACAGAAGCCCACCUCCUGCCCGUGUCGCUCUCCACCGCGCAGCCGUCUUGCCAGGGCAACAAAACGGAGAGUCACGGUGGAGGUCCCGAAGACGACCUGUUCACACACACGUGCCCGAGCACAGACACCUUGUUCCCCAACAACCCGUCCUUUGCCAAAAGCAUCCGUGACAGCUACAAGUACCUGACAGGCGUGGGGAGAGCUGUCCACACUUCACCUGUCAGAGAAAUUGAGUUACCACUCCAUGACAGCGGCAUGGAGCCAGUGGAGUUCUUAAAAAGCAUGGGCAUCUCUCUCACGCCGCUCAGUGACUUCAGCACAGGAGACACCAGAAGGGAGCAUAAAGGAGUGUACCGCGUGAAGCUGGUGGCCGAGGUGAGCCAAACGCUGGACGAGGAGGUGGUGGUGCCUCACGUCGUGCAGCUUAUAUCGCCCCCCUUUUUGGGCAGGACUGUGCUGACCGCCGGUCCUGCCAAGUUUGGAUUGGACCUGACCAAAAGAGAACACGGGGUGAAGGGCAGCCUCGCCAAGGCAUCCCCUUACACAGCAUGCGGCCCGGUGGAAAACCCAGCGGAGCUGAAAGGCCACAUCGCUGUGGCGCUGCGUGGUGACUGCAUGUUUGCCGCCAAAGCUCGCCGACUGCAGGAGGCUGGCGCCACAGGAGUCAUCUUUAUCGACCACCACAAGGGAAGCAGCAGCGAGGAAACACCGCUCUUCCAGAUGGUUGGUGACGGCGACUCCACCGCGGACCUCACCCUGCCUUUGGUGUUCCUGUUCAGCCGCGAGGGCGCCGUGCUCACUGCCGCCCUGGAGGAGCAUCGCAACGUGGACGUGCUGCUUCUGCCCAAGGAGAGGCAGCUGGGACACGUUAAGACAGACAAACCCAUGGGCAUCAGCAUCAAACUGCGACUGGCUGAAGACCAAGACGAGCAGGAAGAAGAGGUCGAGGAAGCUGCGUCCGGUGGUGGGUCCAUUGUGGAAAUUGUUCUUGAUGAAGGUGGAGAGCUUAAAAGAGACACAACGGAGCCGUAACAGUGGAGCAGAUCCAGGACUGUGACCACCGAACGGAGCCACACCUCCUGGCAGCAGACGGUGGAAGUGGAGCUUUAAUCCUCUGAGACAAAACGAGGUCAUUCCAGCCCAAGAAAAAAAGCUCUUGGACACGUCCUCAUCCUGCCUACUUGAACCUACCGUGUCGCUGUCGUCUGCACAUUGACGUUGUUGGAGUGGACUAUGUAGAACUCAACUUACCUCACCUCUAGAGAAGGGUUAGACGAGGUAGCAAAGAGUCACCUGUGUUGUUAUGCAACCUUUUUAUUACAUCUAGAUUUUGCACCUUUUUUUUCCUUAACACUAUUAAUAAUCUGAAAAAUGUUGGCUUCUUGUUUCAGCUGGAAAGCAACUUCAGGGAAUUUGAAGAGUGUAGUCUUUUUUCCGCAGUUUGGGACUACGUGAUAAUAGAACAUUCCAAAAAGUCAGAUCUGUAGACUUAGCUGCCUUGCAUUUUAUUUCUGGAUUGUUUGCACAUUUUGUUUUUGUGCAAUUAUUAUUAUUAUUAUUAUGAUUAUUAUUUGGAAUUGUUUAUGCUAGGGCAAGAAUAAUUUAAAUCUGGUUUGAUUGAGAGACUACAAAAACUAUUAAGGCCACAAGGUGGAAAAAAUGUAAUGAGAAUGAAGUUGAAAUAUUUGACAAAAAAACAAAUAGAAAAAUACAUCUAGAUCUUUUUUUUAAUAACACAAUUUUUAAAAAUCUAAAUUUUCUAUGAGUAUUUCAACUUUAUUGCCAUAAUAUUUGGAUUUAUUCCGACAAUUGCAACUUUAUUUUUUUCUUGACUAGUCAGCCCCUAAAUCUAUAUUAUUAUUAUUAUUUUUGAAAUACUCAUGUUACACUAAGAAUAGUUUAAGUCAGGUUUGAUUGAGAGAUUACAAAAGGGUAUUAAGGCCACAAAGGGAAAAAAUGUAAUAAGAAUAAAGUUGAAAUAUUUGAGAAAAAAUCGGUGAAAAAAAAAAUCUAGAUUUUUUUUUUAUUAGACAAAAAAAAAUCACUAUUUUCUGUAAGUAUUUCAACUUUAUUGGCAUAAUAUUUGGAUUUAUUCUGACAAUUCUAACUUAAUUUUUUUUGACUUGACAGCUCCUAAAUCUGUAUUAUUAUUAUUAUUAUUAUUAUUAUUAUUAUUUUGAAUUAUUCAUGUUACACUAAGAAUAAUUUAAGUCAGGUUUGAUUUAGAGACUACAAAAUACUAUUAAGGCCACAUGGGAAAGAAAAUCUAAUUAGAAUAAAGUUGAAAUAUUUUAGUUAAUUUUUUUUUUCAUUAGACCAAAAAAAAUCAGUAUUUCAUCUUUGUUGCCAUAAUAUUUGGGGAUGGAUUUGACAAUUACAACUUUAUUUCUGAACUAGACGGUUCCUAAAUGUGUUGCUUUUAUUUCUGUUUUGUAUUUAUUUGUUACGCUAAGAAGAAUUAAAAUCAGAUUUGCUUGAGACAUUUUUUUUUAUCUAGUAGUCCCAUAAUAUUUUUUUAAAUCAUUUUCAUAAUCACGACUUUAAUUCUUGUAUGAUUUUGUUUUCUUUUCAGUGUGGCCUUAAUACCCAUGCUUUAUACAACAAAAUGAAUGCAUACGUGACGAAAUAAGUAACCUUUAAUUACAUGCAUUACCAUUAUCAUGAUAAUUUAUUAUGAAGAUGAUCGUGCAGGCGAAUCAUUGUGGCAUCUACAGUAUCCUAAUGAUUUAGUUGCUGCAAGGACUGAAAUGGGAAAAGUUAUUUUUUGCAAUUGGGGAAUCAUGAAGCUGAAAUCGAUUCAUUUUUAUGCCUAAUUUUGGUAUAGAAAGAGUAUGCAAACGUGAGCCAGAUUUUUUUUUCGCUAAUGUUUGCACAUUGGAAUUUUCCAUGAUGCUGCUUAAUUCUUCUUAAACAUUUGAUUAUUUGUUGUUUUAUCAAGUAACAAUGCUUGGACAACCUUUUCUUACCUCAGGAUUGUGCUUAGUGCUGUUAAUACAUUUAAUACAUGGGGAAGGGGUAGGGCGGGGGCAUGGUAGGAUAUGACAUUUUCAAAUUGUUUGUUUUAUAUUGUGGUCAGCAGUUUCUAAAGCUGAAGUUCAAUGUGCCAACAAAAAAUAUGCAUAACAAGUCUCUGAGCUGACGCAAUAAAUAAGAAUUUACAAUCAGUUUCUCUUGUAUUUAUGCGCAAUGUUGUCCUGCACUGGAUGUUAUAUUGCAGGAAAUGUGCAAAAAUACAAUAUAUUAAGC